AGUUUGGCAGUGGACCGGAUUAGACACGGAUUCUUCGGUCGCGGGUAUUCCUCUCCCAGCCCGUUCUCGUUGGUCGAUGUAGUGGAUCGGUUUUAACUCAAGGGGUGCAGUAGAGCAGAAGCAUAAAUAGAUCCUUAAAAGGGGAACACGGCACGAGUCGUCGAUGUGCGGAUCGGUGUGAGUGGAUUUGUUGUUCAGUGCCUUUGCAGAGUGGAUAAAUUCGAAAUCGGAGUAGAAAAUGGGUGAAUUGGAAGAUAUCGUGGAACACAUGAGGAGAUUCUCCUGGCCGGAUUAUCUGGUGUUUGUGAUGAUGCUGUUCUUGUGCAUCCUGAUCGGAAUCUACUUUGGAUUUAUGCAGCGCAAGCCGAGCACCGAGUCGGAAUACCUGAUGGGUGGACGGACUAUGUUGGUGUUUCCGAUUGCGUUGUCCUUGAUUGCUAGCUUCAUAUCCGGUAUUACACUCCUCGGAUUACCGACAGAAGUCUACUCUUUUGGCAUACAGUAUGUGUACGUUUCCCUGGGGGUCAUCUCCAUGGGAUUCGUCAUGGCAUUCAUCUACCUCCCCGUGUUCCAUAAAUUAAACAUCACAUCAACCUAUGAGUACCUGGAAACCCGUUUCGACCGACGGUUACGGAUGUUCGGUUCCAUCAUGUUCACGAUCAUGAAUAUUGGGUACCUUCCGAUCGUGAUCUACGUACCGGCGCUCGCCUUCAAUCAAGUGACCGGCGUGAACAUCCAUGUGAUUACUCCUAUUGUUUGUAUCGUGUGCGUUUUCUACACCUGUGUGGGUGGUCUGAAAGCCGUCGUUUGGACUGAUGUCGUGCAAACGUUUUCGAUGUUUGGUGCUUUGCUUCUGGUAGCCGUCAAAGGAACCAUCGAUCUUGGAGGCUCGGAUGUCGUGUUCCGAAACGCGUGGGACACGGGCCGGUUGGAAAGACCCAACUUCGACAUCAAUCCAACCACACGGCAUACAUUGUGGUCCCAGUUGAUCGGAGGUUUCGUGUACUGGCUACAGACCAACGCCGUUAGUCAGAACAUGAUCCAGCGAUACCUCUCGCUUCCAUCGGUCAAAGCAGGCCGAAGAGCGCUUUGGAUCUUUGUCGUCGGAGUGUGCAUUCUGAUGGCUCUAUGCAGCUACAAUGGCCUAUUGAUCUACGCAACCUAUAGGAAUUGUGAUCCGCUAACUACCAAGUUGGCCAAGGCAAAGGAUCAGCUGCUGCCGCUCUUUGUGAUGGACAUCCUUGGAGAGUUGCCCGGACUUCCAGGUUUAUUUAUCGCAGGCGUGUUCAGUGCCGCUCUUAGUUCACUGUCAACUUGUCUGAACUCGAUGUCGGCCGUUAUACUGGAAGAUUUUGUGAAGCCUUUCGUCAAGAAACCCCUAACGCCGAGGGCUGUCAACUGGAUCAUGAGAUCGGUAGUCGUCGGUGUGGGAGCUCUCUGUGCAGCAUUGGUCUUUGUGGUGGAGAAAAUGGGAACCGUGCUACAGUUGACCAUGAGUCUGGAAGCCAUUACCAACGGUCCACUACUGGGUACAUUCACUCUAGGUAUUCUGGUUCCGUGGGUUGAAGCAAGGAGUGCCCUUACUGGAGGAAUCGUUGGUGUUUUGUUCAUGUCGUGGUUAAGUCUGAAGGCGCAGUACGCCGUUGCUACCGGAGCGAUAGUUUUCCCUCACAAGCAGAUGUCCGUCGAAGAAUGUUCCUAUGAAUUCGACCAUUCCUUGGUGAAUGCCACCGUCACAAGCUCCGUAACAGUAGAGGAAAUCUUCCCCCUGUUCCGAAUAUCGUACAUGUGGUACACUUUCCUGGGGGCGGCGGUUACGAUCAUCGUAUCCGUCUGCUGUACGGUCGUAUUCGGUCGGAAUGAUCCCAAGACGGUUGCGCCGGAUUUGCUCGCUGGGUUCGUUCGGCGAUACGUGCAUCGAAAUGGCGUUGCCAGCGGGCAUGCCAAUGGAAAAGCCCAUUUGAAUAAUUUAGUUCAAAAUCAUGACCACGAAAAGAUUGUCAAGGAAUCUCAACUUUAGACGGGUGCUUGGACGAGUUUUAUGAGAUAUUUCAAUCUGAUUGAUAAAGCGUUCCUAAACGUACUGGUUAUGACCGAUGACAGGUAUGUAUACUGAAACUAAUUGUUAUUUAA